CUACUUGGCUUCUUUCACCCAUUCAAGAGCAAAUUUAGUCAUCACUCAGUGUCACAAUGGGCGUGACUCACAGAGCGAGGAGAACCUGAGGACUCCUUGCACAUGAGCACUCAGAGCUUAAUAGAAGCCCAGGCACCUUGACCUCAAAAGGACCAGUGUGGCCAGAGUGGCACAACCCUUCCUUCCGCCUGCUCAUGCUCAGCAGGAAGAUUGCCAUCAGCUGAGCAAGUCUACCAGCAGCUUCUGCCUCCUGCUUCAUCUUGAACAAGGACAUCAUCUUCUUUUACUGUGCAAGAAAGAAGUGUCCCUGUCACAUACAGGAAAAAAGAUGUUAUUUUGGGUAUUAGCCCUCCUAAUCCUCUGUGGUUUUCUGUGGAAUUAUAAGGGACAACUAAAGAUUACAGACGUCACUGAUAAGUACAUUUUUAUCACUGGAUGUGACACAGGCUUUGGAAACUUGGCAGCCAGAACUUUUGAUAAAAAAGGAUUUCAUGUAAUUGCUGCCUGUCUGACUGAAUCAGGAUCAACAGCUUUAAAGGCAGAAACCUCAGAGAGGCUUCACACUGUGCUUCUGAAUGUAACCGACCCAGAGAACGUCAAGAGGACGGCCCAGUGGGUGAAGAACCAAGUUGGGGAAAAAGGUCUCUGGGGUCUGAUUAAUAACGCUGGUAUUCUCGGUGUGCUGGCUCCCACCGACUGGCUGACAGUGGAGGACUACAGAGAACCUAUUGAAGUUAACCUGUUUGGACUCAUCAGUGUGACAUUAAAUAUGCUUCCCUUGGUCAAAAAAGCUCGAGGGAGGGUUAUCAAUGUCUCCAGCAUUGGGGGUCGACUUGCAUUGGUUGGAGGGGGCUAUACUCCAUCCAAAUAUGCAGUAGAAGGCUUCAAUGACAGCUUAAGACGGGACAUGAAAGCUUUUGGUGUGCACGUCUCAUGCAUUGAGCCAGGAUUGUUCAAAACAGGAUUGUCAGAUCCAGUAAAGGCAGCGGAAAAAAAACUUGCCAUUUGGAAGCAUCUGUCUCCAGACAUCAAGCAACAAUAUGGAGAAGGUUACAUUGAAAAAAGUCUAGACAAGCUGAAAGGCACUGGAACCUUCGUGAACAUGGAUCUCUCUCUGGUGGUAGAGUGCAUGGACCACGCUCUAACAAGUCUCUUCCCUAAGACUCGUUAUGCUGCUGGAAAAGAUGCCAAGACUUUUUGGAUACCUCUGUCUCAUAUGCCAGCAGUUUUGCAAGACUUUUUAUUGUUGAAACAGAAAGUAGGGCUGGCUAAUCCCACGGCAGUGUGACUCAGCUGACCACAAAUGCCUGCCCCAGGCUAUGAGAUUGACUGAUUUCAAGAACAUGGCUCCUUUUCAAUCCCAUUCUUUCCCUAUCCAAAUGGGACUCAUUUAGAGUAUACAUCUCUUGUUUAAAAGAAGUGAGGGGCAUUCCUACCACCACUGGUGAUGUCCCAUGGUCCCUUCUCAAGCCUUCUUUGAAAAGAAGGGCCAGGAUGGCACAUCACUGAGGCAAGUCCUGCCCCAUAUUAAGGCUUUACCUGUUUAGCAUGAUGUAAGAACACUGGAAAGUCUUCCCUGUCCAAAACGAUCUCUGGCACUGCCUGCCACAUGCUUAUAGUUUCCAGCAUUUAGGGUAACCACUAGCCGUUAGAUAUUGGCUCUUAUCUAAAUAUUAAGAGAUAAGUAAA